AUGACUCAAGGACAAAUAAACCAAUAUCAGCCUUUAAGCUCACAGCCGAGUUUAAAGCGAUCGUCGUCUUUCACGUUUUCUCAUGCGAAGGCGCUUAAGCCGUUUGAUUCCGGUGAUAUAAAAAUCUUACUGUUGGAAAACAUAAACCAAGCUGCCAUCGAAAUUUUAUCUGGUGAAGGAUAUCAAGUGGAAGCACAUUCAAAAUCUCUUCCUGAAGAUGUCCUCAUAGAAAAAAUUCGGGAAGUUCAUUGCAUUGGAAUCCGAUCCAAAACUAAACUAACAAGCAAAGUUCUAGCGGAAGCAAAAAAACUCUUGGUAAUUGGAUGUUUCUGUAUCGGAACAAAUCAAGUCGAUCUAGAAGCUGCUGCUAGACAGGGUAUUGCUGUCUUCAAUUCUCCUUUUAGCAACAGUAGAAGUGUUGCAGAAUUGGUAAUUGCAGAGAUUAUAUUUUUGUCUAGACAAUUGGGUGAUCGUAAUAAUGAGAUGCAUCAAGGAAUUUGGAAUAAAGUUUCGGCAAAUUGUUAUGAAAUUCGAGGAAAGACACUUGGGAUUAUUGGUUAUGGUCACAUUGGAUCUCAAUUAUCUGUUCUCGCGGAAUCUAUGGGAAUGACAGUGUAUUUCUACGAUAUCGUCCAACUCAUGCCUUUGGGAACUGCCAAACAAGUUAGUACGCUUCAUGAACUUUUGGAACGGGCAGAUUUUGUCAGUCUGCAUGUUCCUGAAACUGAAGACACAAAAAAUAUGAUAGGAGAUACUGAAAUUAGCAAGAUGAAGAAAAGCAGUUAUUUAAUAAAUGCAUCUCGCGGCACUGUUGUUCAUGUUCCAGCCUUAAUAAAAGGAUUGCAAAGUGGACACCUACGAGGCGCAGCAAUUGACGUUUAUCCACGUGAACCUAGGUCCAAUGGUCAAAACUUUAAUGAUGAGUUAAAUUCCUGGACAACAGAACUUUUAAAAUGCAAAAAUUUGAUAUUGUCACCGCAUAUCGGUGGUUCCACCGAAGAAGCACAACAAAUGAUCGGAACUGAAGUAGCAACCGCGCUUUUCAAAUACAUAAAUUACGGUACUUCGAUUGGCGCGGUUAAUUUCCCUGAGAUUGACCUCCGUGCUAUUCAGGAUACGGAAAAAAAUUCAAUUCGUGUUCUUUUCGCUCAUCAAAAUGUUCCUGGUGUGCUCAAAGAAAUCAAUCAAAUUCUUUCCGACCACAAUGUGGAGAAGCAAUAUUCAGAUUCACGAGGAGAAAUUGCUUAUAUGAUGGCCGAUAUUUCUGAUGUUGACGAGCAUGAUAUUCGUAAGAUUUAUGAUACUAUAAGCUCAGCUAAGGCAAACAUAUUGACAAGAAUC